AUGAAUUGCCCCUCCCGGACCGACGAUACUCUCCUGCAUGAUGAGUGGAAUCAGAACCCGCCGCGUUUCGCUUCUGACUUGACGACCCGCCAAGAUCUUAUUGGUAUUUCCAACGCCCGUGAGAAGAAGGAUGAUGAAAAUGGACUGGCGUUGCUUCAGGGCCUUUCGAAUUGGGCUUAUGUUCAUCCGCUUGAAAUAUCAGAUCCGGGGAAACGUCUCCACGAGGGGCGCGAGGCGUCCACCGGACCCCUCGCUCCCCAAAAGACCAAUCUUAGUAUUGGUCGCGGAGAACUACAUCCAAACAAGACUUCCUCGUCGUAUCAAACAUUUAAGGACUGGGCGCGGUGGCUGCUCUCAGUCCUGUGUGUCUCUGCCCUGAUUUCCUACGACAGCCUAAGCAAGUACUUCAUUUCGAAACCACCUCUCGUUCUCGAAGCACCUUUUCCUGUUGAACAGCAAGACCCAGAGCCAGCCAAGCGAUCAAGUUGCGCCACAGGUGGUGUUCGCGGAGCUGCGUACGAUCUACCGCUGCACGUUGCAGCGCUGUUUAUCAUCCUAGGGACAUCGACUAUUGCAUGUGCAUUUCCAAUUCUGGCAACUCGAUUUCAGCGACUUCAUAUCCCAGCUUCGUUUCUCUUUUUUGUUAGUCAUUUUGGAACUGGCGUUUUGAUCGCCACUGCAUUCGUACACCUGCUUCCUACUGCAUUCGAAUCGUUAAAUGACCCAUGUCUAUCCAGUUUCUGGACAAGUGAUUACCCAGCCAUGCCUGGUGCUAUUGCACUGGCUGGUGUUUUCUUUAUCACGGUCAUUGAGAUGGUAUUUAGUCCAGCUCAGAGUAUUUGUCGUGGGGGCAAUCACGGCUCGCCGCAGAAUUCAUCCUCGCCCUGUUCCGACAGAGAUGUUCCAGCGAAACUCGAUGAUCCUACCUCGGUCGAGCCUAGAGCGCAGAGCUCGCACUCUGCUACACUAGAUUGCCGCCCCCAUGUACGUGAUAUGGGUCCUCUGGUUGGAAGAUCUUCAAGCAUAAGCCGGGCUAUCAAUCGCAUGGGCGAUGAAAGUGGAGAAAUCGUCAGAGUCUCAUCUGCGCCUGAGGUUCAAACCCAUCACGAGAAAGAAAAUGGAGCAAUUCAGCCGGAUGUAGAGCGAGAUGAAGAUCGUCAUGUUCUUACUCCGGAGCAGAAACAGAAGAAAGAGACGAUGCAGGUUUAUCUUCUUGAAAUGGGCAUUCUGUUUCACAGUGUCUUCAUUGGCAUGUCGCUCAGUGUGUCAAUUGGGAAUGAGUUUGUGAUUCUUUUGAUCGCCAUCGUAUUCCAUCAAACUUUCGAAGGCCUAGCAUUAGGAUCCCGAAUUGCCUCCCUUCCCUGGUCUGAAAAGCAACUUCAGCCCUGGUUUAUGUCACUUGCAUAUGGUUGCACAACGCCAAUUGGACAAGCAAUUGGUCUUGCAACCCACAGACUGUACAGUCCGGACUCUGAAAUCGGUUUGCUCGUUGUUGGCAUUAUGAAUGCCAUUUCCGCUGGACUUUUGAUCUUUGCCUCGCUCGUGGAGCUAAUGUCCGAAGACUUUCUCAGUGACGAGAGUUGGCGCAUCCUUCGUGGAAGGAGACGUGUUUAUGCCUGUCUUUUGGUCUUCUUGGGUGCUUUCUGCAUGUCUAUUGUCGGUGCCUGGGCCUAA